AUGGGCGAGCCAGGCGGGCAGAGCAGGCCACGGCGUUUCACGUUCUCGGACGCGCCCAACGAGGCCUCGGGGGCCUCGGCGCCCGCGGCCCCGCGGGUGGUGGCGCCGCAAGCGCAGGCGCCCGCGGCGGUGCCGCCGCGACUAGGCUUCGCGACCCCGAGCCAGCCAAGACCACAGCAUGUACCAGCGAUGCAUCACUCCGCGUGGAGCCAGCAGCAGAACUGGCCUGGCUGGGGCGGAGGCGACGGCUGGGGAUACGAAGGCUACGAGGGAUACGGAGGCGAUGGCUGGGGAGGCUGGGACGACCCGGCCCUCUGGAACGCCUGCGCGGCCUGGCAUGGCAAAGGCGGCUGUGGCGGCUAUCCCGCCGGCUCCAUGGGCGGGCAAAUCCUGGUUGGCACGGUCAAGAGCUAUAGCUCCGUCAAGGGCUUUGGGUUCCUGAUCCAUUCGGACAUUGCGCAGGACAUUUGGUUCGCAAAGGAAACGGUCGCUGCGGAGUACAGGACCUCGGACCUCGCGGGCACCAGCAUGAGCUUCGAGCUCAUCCGGGCGCAGGACGGCAAGCCCCAGGCCAGAAACCUGCGGCCUGCUCCGUCCGGCAUGCCGCCGCCGCCGGUGAACCCCAACCAGCACGUGCCUGUGUCGCGCUUCGACCAGCGCCCUGGUUUCCCGCCCCCGGCGCUCAUGCGCCCCGGCAUGCCGGGCAUGAUGCCGGGCAUGGCCGGCAUGCCCGGCAUGGGCGUGGGCGUGGGCAUGGGCGUGGGCAUGGCAAUGGGCAUGCGGCCCGCAGGGAUGCCUGGAAUGGCGGCGCCGGGGCAGCCGAAGCGGAGGGCCUGGUCCCCCCACGCUGGCUCCAGAGCGAUCGCCACCGCCUCGAAGGAUGAUCAGGUCCCAGGCAUGGUGCAGCCGCCGGUGGAAGCGAAGAAGUCGGAGUCGGAGGAGCGGAGCAAGUCGUCCAGCCGAAGAUCCAGCGAGCCGUCGUCAAGCUCAAGUGACAAGAAGAAGAAAAAGAAGAAGAAGGACAAAAAGAAGAAGAAAAAGAAGAAAAAGAAGUCCAAGAAGAGCGACCGCUGCGGGCGGCUCAGGGUUUCGGGCCCAUGGGCCGAGCUCCGCGCGGGCGAGUUCGCCAUGGUCCAAGUGGCGGGGCCCUCGACGGCGUUUCUGGAGUUGGAGAAGCAGCCGGAGCUUUUGGAACGGCCCUGCUUCAUCCUGGAGAACCAGCAGAUGGGGUGGUCUGGGGCGUGGGAGCCCACGCCGACGGAGCAGUUCAAGAGUUGGGCGGACCGGCUGGUGCAGGAGGCGGCCCCCGCCCUUCCAAGCCCUGAACGCGGAUGGAGUCUUGAUGAGGGAGUGCACCCCGAGGAGGAGCUCCGGGACCUCGUCUACGAGACCGGUGAAUUGCAGCACCUCUACGGGCCGCAGGUGGACGCGACCACGGACUGCGAGGGUUGGAUCUAUGCCACAGCUCCGGCGAGGCGCUGGAGGAGGUGCUGGGCCGCCGCAGCAUCUCGCAGAUCCCGCUGGAUCCCACGGCGAUGA